CGUACAUUUCGUUGCGAAUGACGUAGUCUUUUUUUGUGCGAAAUACAAAGUCCAAAAUCUUGUUACCUGAGUAUUUAAACAUUUUUCACCAUCCACGGUGAUUAGUAUAUCAGCGUUUUGUAUCAACGCCUGCGCGCCACAAUACGUUCACGGGAUGGUUGUGUGUAUGUUAGUAUUGUAAAAUGCGAUUUGUAUUGAAAUAUCGGCUACCGCAAAGUUAUGAGAUUGUAAUUUAAGUGGCGACAGUUUUAAUUAUGGCAACGACUGACCAAGAUGCGAAUAACAAUAACCUCCCUUUGCGGGAGAAUUUAGUCAAAACUGCAGUGGAAUUUUUACAAAAUCCUAAGGUAGCAAGUAGUCCUACAGAUCGUAAACAGGAGUUCCUCAGGAGAAAAGGCUUGACAGAGGAAGAAAUUAGAACUGCAUUUCAAUUAGCUUCUGUCGAUCUAACUGCUGACCAAAAUGUUAUUCGCAAACCAAAUGAUUAUACCGUGGUGCCUAUGCUACCACCGGGUAGGCUCUACCCAUCGUAUAUGCAAGCCCAUCCGUACCAAAUAACAUUGUUCCAUAAAGUUAAAGAGUUCUUUAAUGCCACUGCUCUGAUCGGUGCUACCAUAUAUUGCGUGUACUGGUUCUACAAGAAAUUCAUUGAGCCAUUUUUGUUCGGGAGGAAAAAGAAAGAUAGCAUAAAGGACUCUGUCUCAGAGCUAGAUAAGACUAUACAGAAUUCUAUGAAAGAGGUGAAACAAUCCAUUUCCAAGGUGGAGGAUGAUGUACAAAAACUGACACAAAACCAGUUCAUCGAUCCCAUGGUACCGCAGCUGGUACAAGAACUGAAACAAGAUUUAGCUAGUCUUAAGUCUUUACUUUUAUCAAGAAAACAAUUUCCGAGUGCGCCGGCGUCUAUACCGCCGUGGCAAUUAGAUGCCACCGGUACAAGUCAGGAAAAACAGAGCGAACGGGAAGAUGAUUCUGGAAGUGGAAGUAGCACUAAUAAUUCCGAUAGUUCUCUGGAAAUGAUUCGCGAGGAUCCGCCCAAGGAGUGAUCGAACAAUAUUCCAUGACCGUACAUUCACUUCCAUCACGAGAGUCUUCGAGAUAAAUAGGAUAUUCUAUGAAGUAUAUCCGACUUUGGAAAACGACGAAAAGAGAAAAAAGAAAUGUUACCAGAAAUACAGCAAUAGAAACUGAUCAUGUGUAAUAUACAUAUAUGUUGGGAAUCGAGUGUGCUGAAAUAUUUUGUUUGCCCAAUCGAACGUUUAAUCAUUCAUCUGUUCCGAAUGAAGUCGUGCUUUUAUUAUUUCUAGAAUGGGUACGUUUAAGGCUGCUUAUGACACAAAGGGAUACAUGUAAUACAUCGUUUGUUCAUUUUUUAAACAAUAAUAAUAAUUCUUGUAAAACUGCUGGUUAUCACUUAAUAUCUCUCUUUAAUAAGUACCUAGAAAAAUUCAA